AUUGCCAAGCCAGUUUGAGAGGGCGGUCCUCCCAGCUUGGCCGAAGCAGAACAAAUUCACACACACACAUACAAGCGCGCACGGACGAAAAAAACACGCCCAGCUGGCUGUCUUCCCAAAAGGCUUUUUCUCUCUUCUGAUCCCGGGCGCUGCUCAGAGAAAGCUGCAAAUGACUUCGGAGUCGCCGGACAAGGCAAGCCGUUCUCUUCCACCCUUUCUCUGCAGGGAGUGACCGAAAGAGCAGCAGUCCGGGAAAACCUGAACAGCGCAACGCCUCUUCCACAUUGUGGUUUUUCUUGCACGCCGACCGACCAUGGAACUCAGCAGCUCAUCAUCUUCGGCCUACAAUGGUUUGCAAGACGACCAUGACCUCAAGUUCCUGCUGCGGGGAAGUCAUCUCUUGAAAGUCAAGUCCACUUCCUGGAGAAGAGAGAGAUUUUACAAGCUCCAGGAAGACUGCAAGACCAUAUGGCAGGAAUCCAAGAAGAUGCUUCGAUCCCCAGAGUCACAGCUUUUCUCCAUUGAAGAAAUCCAAGAUGUCAGGCCAGGUCAUAAGACCGAAGGGAUGGAAAAAUAUGCUAAGGAUGUCCCUGAAGUUCGUUGCUUCUCUAUCAUCUUCAAAGAUCAGAAGAAAAACUUGGACCUCAUCGCUGGAUCUGAAACGGAUGCAAAUCACUGGGUGUUUGGCUUGGGAAAAAUCAUUGCAAAAAGCAAUUCAAUGAGCCAGAGGCAGAAAUUACAACACUGGAUUCAUGCUUGCCUGCGGAAAGCAGAUAAAAACAAAGAUAACAAGAUGAGCUUUAAGGAACUCAAAAGUUUCAUGAAGGAAGUCAACAUUCAGAUGGAUGACAGCUAUGCCAGGCAGAUCUUUGAGCAAUGUGACAAAUCCCAGACCAACACCUUGGAAGACGAAGAGAUAGAGGUGUUCUACAAGAUAUUGACGGAACGCAAGGAGAUUGACGGCAUCUUCUCCAAUCAUGCAGAGGAGAAGCCGGUGAUGUCCCUGGACCACCUGGUGCGAUUCCUCCAACAGGAACAGCAUGAGGAGAAUGCUGGCCCUGAAUUGGCCCUCUCUCUCAUUGAGCAAUAUGAACCCAACGAAACAGUUAAAAGACAAAAGGCGAUGAGCAAAGAUGGCUUCCAGAUGUAUUUGCUUUCCGCGGAUGGGAAUAUUUUCAAUAAAACUCACAGCCAAGUGUAUCAGGAUAUGACCCAACCCCUCAGUCAUUAUUAUAUAUCUUCUUCUCAUAAUACCUACCUCAUGGAGGACCAGCUAAAAGGACCCAGCAGUACUGAGGCCUACAUCAGAGCUUUGAUGAAAGGUUGCCGAUGUGUGGAACUCGAUUGUUGGGAUGGCCCGAACUCGGAGCCGGUCAUCUACCACGGUUACACGUUUACGUCCAAGAUCCUCUUCAGCGAUGCCAUCAAAGCCAUCAAGAAUUACGCUUUCAAAAUCUCUCCGUAUCCUGUCAUCAUAUCUCUGGAAAAUCACUGCAGCCUUGACCAGCAAGAGGCUAUGGCACGCCACCUCCAUUCCAUUUUGAAGGACACAUUGCUGGUAGUGCCAAUCGAUGCCAAAGCAACCAGCUUACCUUCUCCAGAGCAAUUAAAAGGGAAAAUUCUUGUGAAAGGGAAGAAGUUAAUUCCAGAAACGGAAGAAGUUUCAGAUGAAGAUGAAGCCGCUGAAAUGGAAGACGAGAGUGUGAAAAGUGAGGUAGAAAAGAAGAAAUUGAGCGACAAGCUAAAGCUAGCCAAGGAGCUGUCAGACACUGUCAUCUACUGUAAAAGCGUCCAUUUUCAAGGAUUUGCUGAGCCACAGCCUCAUGACGAGAUGUGCUCCUUCAGUGAAGGCAAAAUCCUUAAACUGGCUCAGGAAUCAGGAAUUGACCUAAUGCGUCAUAAUGUCCAGCACCUAAGCAGGAUCUAUCCAGCAGGUUGGAGGACUGACUCGUCCAACUAUAACCCUGUCGAGAUGUGGAACAUGGGUUGCCAGAUAGUUGCCUUGAAUUUUCAGUCCAGGUGCUCAGAAAUGGAUAUUCACCAGGGCCGAUUCCAAGAAAACGGAGGCUGCGGCUAUAUCCUAAAGCCAGAAUUUCUUCGGAAUGAGCAGUCCAAAUUCAACCCCAGAUCCAUCACGGAGGGGCCUUGGUACAGCCCUAAAAAAUUCCAGGUUAAGAUCAUCUCUGGCCAACAACUGCCAAAAGUCAACAAAAGCAAAAAUUCCAUUGUGGACCCAAGAGUGAUAGUAGAGAUCUAUGGUGUUCAGCGAGACAACGGAAAAAAACAGACCAAAGUAAUCGAUAAUAAUGGUUUUAACCCAGCCUGGAAUGAAACAUUUGAGUUUGACAUUGACGUACCGCAACUUGCCCUGGUCCGUUUUAUGGUAGAAGAUUUUGAUGCCUCAACAAAAAAUGAUUUUAUUGGGCAAUUCACAGCCCCUUUCACAAGCCUGAAGCGAGGCUACCGCCACAUUCACCUUUUGACAAAGAGCGGAGAUCAGUACCCAUCUGCCACACUGUUUGUGCAUAUCAACAUUUGGGACAAUUGUUAAAAAGAAGAAACAAACUUUAGGGAAUGCGCAAGCAAUCUCUCUCUCUCUCUUUUUUUUUUUUACAUCUCCAGACAGACUUUUGGUCCCCACAGCCUGGAAAAGAAAAACUCAGCUCUUCGGAGGCAGUGUGAUGUGGGCCAUUCACGCCUUAAUGCCAGUUGAAUAUUUACAUUGGAAAACCAGCUAGAAAAUAUUACCUUUUAAAAGUUGUGCUUUUAACUUUUAAUCCUAGUUGCUUUUCGAGGGCGAGAGAAGCAGCCCAAUAACUCUCAGGAGCUCUUACUGAUGUUGUAGGAGUAGUAAUAGUAAUAAAGAGUAAAUAUGUUUUUUUUAAAGGUUUUAUUUUAAUGCAAUCUGAAUUAGGUUUGCACUUCCCCAAAUUUUAUGUUUUCUAGUAUGACAGUGCAGAGGUCAGUAGGAAAAGCCUGCACCCCCUGUGUUAAAUGAAGGACAAUUGCUUUAUAAAAGGUGGGUGUCAGAAGGAAGAAACUGUUAGGGAAAAUACGAAGAAAAACAAAAGCGUGUACAGCUAGUCCUUGACUUAGCAAUAUUUAUUUAGCAAUCAAAGUUACAACUGCACUGAAAAAAAUGAUUGAUGUCCACUCCUCUUACUUAUGGCCAUCGGAACAUUCCCUACCGUCACAUAAUCAAAAUUUGGGAGCUUGGCAACUGGCUCAUAUUUGUGACAGUGCAGAUUUUCAGGAUUACAUAAUCACAUUUUGGGACUUUCUCAGCUGGCUUCUGUCAAGCAGAGUCAAUGGCGGAAGCUGGAUUCACUUAACGUCUGAUACACUUAACAACCAUCAGUGAUUUGCUUUACAACCAUGUCAAAAAAAAAAGUUAUAAAAUCAGGGGCAACUCACUUAAUAAUGGCCUUGCUUAGCAAGACAAACCCUGGUCCCAAGUGGUAAAUCAAGGACUACCUAUAUAUCGUUUUAAUGCAAACUUAAAAUAUUUGCCUGCUUCUUAAAAAAAAAAAAAGACUCUCAAAUUGGGAAAAUGGGAAAAGGAACCUAACUCAGAUUUGAUACACGGGUGUGAUGCUAGGAUCCACCUGUGGGAUGAUUAAAGUGCCUUUGCUUCUGUAAUCUGCAGUUGCUAAUCCUCAUUGUUGCUAAACUCCAUCUAAGAUUUAUUAAUUACAUUUCAUUAUUUUCUUUUUGGGGGACUCUUAAUUUGCCAGUUCAGCACAGAUUUUAUGUCUGGAAGAGUGUUAAGCUAAAGGUGAAGACUUCCCGCCUGUCCAGUUGUGUCUGACUCUAAAAGACGGUGAUCAAUCAUGAAAAAUCAAUCAUGAUUAAGAAGGCAGUUACGGGGUUCGAUGACCAAAAGGUCUUCCCUUAACUAGAAAUAUUUUGAUGGACAGGACAUCACCAGCUAAUUUUCAAUAAUGCUAGUCAUGACAUCUUGGAUGGGGGAAUGAGAUAUGAAGGAUCCUAGGAAAAAACUCACUUUAGAUGCCUUCUAAUCUUAAUUUUUGUCAUUCAUCCUUAAAUCCUGGCCAUUUUCUGAGUUCAUUGAUUGAUCUAGUCCAGGAAGCUGAUAGGAUAUUUAUGGGAAUGACCCAGAAAGUCUAUGAAGAUUCUCAGUCAUCCAGGUCAUGAUUGUCCCAAAGGUGCUUUUUCAAAAGACAACUGGACUUCCUUUGUUUUUGCUUGAAGACAUUUCGCUUCUCACUCAAGAAGCUUCAUCAGUUCUGACUGUUUGCCUUUUGAAAAAGCAUAUUUGGGAUGAAAAUCUUUUGAGAUCCAUGGUAAUCAACUUCAAUUUUGAAGAACAAUGUUAUUUUUCUCCAAUCUUGCUUCUUCCCUUUGCACACAUAUUCCCAAUGGAUUUAUCUGAAAUAUUACCAGAUUCUUCUUCAGUGGAAAUUGCAAAUAUUAAUAUAAAUUUUUUAAAUGUUUAAUUGGUUUGUGGUUUUUUUAAAUUUUUGGGCCAAAUUUAUAUAGAUUUUAAUUGUUUUUAAUAUUUGUAUUUCAUGUUUUUAAUUCUGGCUGUGCACUGCCCUGAGUCCUCAGGGAGAAGGGCGGUAUAUAAAUUGAAAAUAAAAUAAAAAUAAAAAUAAAUAAAUAAAUAUUAACACAUUCAACAGAAAGACCAAGUUGUGAGCAUUUUAAAAAAAAAUCUGAUUUUAAAAAAGGUAAAUGGGAAAACUUUGAAUAAGAUGUUUAGAAAAUUGGACAUAGGAUUCCUACAUAUUCUCUAAGUUGCUGUUUUAAAAUCUUGGCCACUUUAAGUUAAGUGGACUUCAACUCCCAGAAUUCCCCAGCCAAAAAGUUCAUAAAAUUGCUAUGACUUAAUAACUGUCUUGCUUAACAAUGGAAAUUCUGGUCCCAAUUGUGCUCAUAAAUUGAGGACAAUCUAGCAUUACAAUCUUAUGUACUUGUUUCUCAACCUUGGGCACUUGAAGAUGAGUGGACUUCAACUCCCAGAAUUCUCCAUGCUGUCUGAGGAAUUCUGGGCAUUGAAGUCCAUACAUCUUCAAGUUGCUAAGGUUGAAAUACUAAUUGUUGAAAUUUUCCAUCCAUUUUUUUUUUUUAACAAAGCGUGCAUAGCCAUGAGGGUUUUCUACAGGAAUCCUUAAAGGAUAGUAGAAUGCCACAUUUCCCAUCGUGGUUGGAUCCUGACCAUGUUGAAACAGGACUCACCACAAAGUAACCAGGACUAAACUAGGAUAUUUCCAGAGUUUUAAUUUGAUGUCUCAAAAUGUAUUUGAUGAUCUGCCCUUCCUGUAGUUAAAAAAUAGGCACAGAGGUAUUUUCAGGAUGUGGUUAAAAAAAAAAAAUCAAGAGGGUGUCCAUAUUUUUUGAUGCCUAUAAUAGUGGCUACCAUCUUGGUUUGUUUUUUUUUAACCUCAUCCUGCAGAAACCCUGCAGUUUCUAAUUCUGAUCAGUUUUAUCAGUCAAAAAAUGCACAGUAUAAAGGCUUUCUAACCCUGUGACUAGCAUAAAUUCUCCCAGACACUCUUUUGAGAUUUCAUUGGCAUCGCUUACCUAGAGUUUAAGUUAGCAACAAUAAGGACUAGUAACUUGACCAAUCAGAACCUCAGGAUGCUUUCUUAUAAGGCCAAUAUUGCACGUUCUGUCAUUUGCUGCAUCAGCAAAGUUGUAAUACACAUAGCUUGAUUUUUAUUUUAUUUUUAUAACUGCAAAAAAUAUCCUUUUUUGAAAAAAAAAAUAUCAUUAGCUGUGUCCUCACACUGUGUAUUUGAUUUCUGGCAGUUUUGUGGUUUGGGACCUGGGGUAAACACCAUGGUAUUAGAUUGAAUGCAGGCUUAGUUACACUAGAGUAGAAGUGAAAUUAAUAGUUGACUUCAAGUAUGAUGAAAUCCAGCUAGUGGAUAUUCGGUUGAUAACAUUUUAUUGGUAAUGAGCUGUAAUUUAGUUUAAACCUUGAUUACAAUCACAAAAUUAUUUUUGAAGGAAAAUAAAUUGUGAGAUUGUUUGUCUCUGUAAAUGUUUUUGUACUUGCUGCAAAUAUAUGCAGGAAUUUUCUAAGGGGGACUGUUUUAUUCCCAAAUGCAAUGGAUCUAAGCAGAAACUCAACUUUGAUUAGCAAAUCUAAAUGAUUUAAAAGAAAUUCUUCCAAAUCCACCAGAUGAAUAUUUGAAUGAACAGAGUUGUUGGCAGUUCUUAACAGUGAUUUGAUUACUGUGAUGUAAUAAGAUCUUUAAUAAAAAAUUUUCUUUGAACUGUUGAAAA